UGCUGCUUUCCCUCAGCCCUUCCCAAGGGUCUCUCCUGGUUUCCCUCAGCCCUUUCCAGGAUCUCUCUGCUUCCCCAGGUCUCGGAGACGGAGCGGCUCUGCUACGUGGGACACAACUUUGGCAGCCAGGUCAUGAGGUGCAACUCCCUGUGCAGGUACUUUGUUGGAGUGCUGGACAAGAGCUCUGGGCAGAUGGAUGUCUACAAUGCUGAAAUGUUCAACAUGCAGCCCCUGCUCUCAGGGGAUAUUAUAUGAUAUGAUACUAAAGACUACAGAGAGGACACUUACAGAAGGCUUAACAAGAUGGAUCUGUGCAUCGAGGCCUUUGGCACCAGCAAGCAGAAGCGAGCCCUGAGCUCGCGCCGCAUGAACGCCGUGGGCAGCGACAUCGUGAGCACGGCUGUCACCAAGGCGGCUGCCAACGUCAUCGAUGCCAAGGGCGUGACAGGGCUGAUGCAGGACGUGGCCCAGGACGAUGUGCAGAACAUCUCUGCCUUCCUCCCGCCGUGCCACGAGGACGCCCAGCGGCCAGAGCACGUGUACAGGUUUGAGGACAGUAUCUUUUCUGUGCACUGGGGCUUCAGUCCCCACGGAGCCAUCUUCUGCUGUGCUGGGGGCCAGCUGAGCCCUUGCCCCUCACAGCUGAACUCCCCCUCUCUUUCCUGCAGCCUCUGCUCCUUUGUUUUGGAGGAGCUGAAGUUCCUGCCCACUGAUGAGAAGAGCAGGGACCACAAAGCCAGAUGCCUCUGGUUCCUGGACACCCUCAUCAAGUUCAGCCAGCAGAAAGUGAUCAAGAAGAAGCAUCCAAUGGGUCCUGAAUGCCCACACAUCAUCAGCAAGAAACUCAUGAAGAAUUUCACCUCGCUGACCUACAACAAUGGCAGCAUCCAGAAUUUAAUCUCUGCCUCCAUGAAGGCCAAAAUCACCGCCUAUGCCAUUGCCUUGGCUCUGCACAUUAACAACUUCCAGACAGAUCUCACCGUCCUGCAGAAUGACCUGAAGCUCUCGGAGAGCAGGAUCCUGGACAUCGCCAAGGCGCUGCGGCUCAAGGUGUCCAAGGCCAAGGGGGUGCCAGGGCUGGAGAAUGACCAGAGCCACAAGCUGGGCACCCUGUCCCUGCCCCUGCCCACGCAGAAGGCACCAGAGGGACAGCGCAAGCGCAAGAAAAUGAGCUGAGCAGCCCCAGAAGCUCUGGGGGCACACAGCCCCUUCCUCACAAGGGCAUGGGGAUGCCUUCAUCUGCUGGGUUUGGGUCCAGCAUCAGCCCUCACCCAGCUGGAACCCAGGCUGAGGGUUUCACCUCUGUAAAAUGCUGCUUUUUUUUCUAUUUAUAUAGAAAAAGCUGUAAUAAAACCUUUUUUUUUCUAGUU